AUGCCUAUUGCCACGAAUAAAAUUGAAGGGGAGAAAAGUAUCUCUACUAGUGCAGCAUUGCACAUUGUGAAUGAUCCUACUUCAUUACUGGUUGAUGAAGUAUUGUUAUCUUUUGAGCUCUUCGUUAGACUCUUCCCCACCUCAAAAGCUGACAGGACUUCACAGCCUGAUAGUUUGAGAUUUGUUCUUUUGAAGUUCGUUGGAGUUCCUGAUUAUUUCAACUCUUUCAAGAUAUUCAAAGUUUCUGGGAUUGACAAUUCCAGUAAUAAUACAUCUUGUGUUACCAUCACCAAUCACUCGAACUUGAUCAAGUUUGGCCAUCAAUUCACUGUUGACAAAUGUGUUGUCCAAAGCAUCUCCAUUGAUUCAAUCCCCAUACUCGAGAAGGUUUUUGUGGCAGUCCCUCCGACAGUGUACAAUAUUUUACAUACUUCUCCAUCCGAUUCUGUUAGGUCUCAGUUUGUUUCCAAACUACUUUCCGAGAAUGGAGGGGUAGUUUCUGAAAAUGACAUCAUUAGAAGUAUUAAUGGAGUUGCAGCCCUAUGUGAACCUGUUCUGCAAGGAUUAGUAAAAGGCUCAACGGACAUUAUAUUUGUGAAGAAGAAUGAGUUCGAGGAAGCAUCAUUUAUUGAUGACAACCAAGAGGUAGCAGACGAGAAUAUUGAUUUGUCACAAUACUUAUCUAGCACUUUGGAGCUCGAUCAAGACAAACAUGAGCCCGAAUAUCCCAAGUUCGAAGUACGGCCACUACCACAUGACAUGUCCGUAUCUUCUAGAAAUUCGCGUCACGAAGAUCACGAACUCUAUAUUUUCAUAAACAACAGAGACAUUCCAAGCCUUGGAUUCCCUGUUUUCAAUGGUGAUUUGGUUAAGAUUUCUUCUGGAGAUGCAUCUAUUGUUGUUAAGUUAUUUACACUCGUUGAACCUAAUAAGUCUUUUUCGUGUGGCAAUUUAUACUUAUCGCCUAUGCUUAUCAUCAAUUUGAAUUUAAAUGAUAGGUGCGAGGUCACACUUAAACCUUGCCACUCGAGCAGUCAGAACUUUUCGGACAUCUUCCCAAUCGCUAAGACAGCAACUAUAUCAAGGGUUGCUUCUCCAAUUACAAUGGACAGGUCUUAUCAACAAAGCUUCCUUUCUGAAUUGAAAGAGUCUUUUCAUUCGUAUUUGAAAGUGGUCAGACCUGGAGACUUUUUGCCCAUAUGCAUCGAUUCCGUACUUGCCAAAGCCUUGUUUGACGUAUCCCUUUCUCAGCAACUGAAUUCAAAUGAAGAAAUCGAUAGUGAUGCAAAUAUCAUUCCAAAAGGGAAUCCAGACUCCGUUGCAUGGUUCAAAAUCAUUGAAUUGAGUGGUGAUGGAAGUUCAAAUUCGUCCCAACAAUUCUUAAUUGAUCCAUUGCAAACCGCUCUUACUUCUUCUGGUGUCGAAUUCAUCGCGUCCCCCGCAAACAAAUAUAGUAAUUGGGUUGACUACUUGAACUUACCACCAGUAUUCAACUAUAGAACUUCUUUUGAAGAUGGUUCGAUAUUCAGCUACGCUCAGGAGUUUUAUCGUAUCAUCACCACAGAUAUGAGCACAUGCAGAAAAGUUGAUUUGAAGACGACAAUUUUGCUCAAUUCCAUGUCAAGAGGAUUAGGAAAAACAACAUUAGUGCGCAGUUUGGCUAUUGAUUUGGGUUUGAAUUUAAUUGAGCUCGACGCCUUUGAUUUCAUAAAGCCAGGCGCCGAAUUAAAAAGUAUAGGCCUCUUAACAGGGAAAAUCGAAAAACAACUCAUGGGUCAGCCAGAAGAUCUGUCGAUUUAUCACAUACUUUACAUCAAGCAUAUUGAGAACCUCUGCGUGCAAUCGGAUGAAAAUGAGCAAGGAGCCAAUUUGUCCACUUCUCUAUCAUUGAAGGUUGUCCAAACACUUCAAGAUUGUUUGGCAAGGUACAGAAAUAUGGUUCUUGUAGUCAGUUGCAAUAAUAUUGACAAGCUAAGCGCUAACUUGCGACAAAUAGUCAAGUUUCAGAUUGAUGUUUCGGUACCUAGUGAGAAGGAACGUUUGGAGAUAUUCAAAUAUUUGCUAGACAUUGAAACAAGAGUGUUGAACAAUGAAAUGAUUCCAGAUGCAUAUGAAGACAGAGUGGAGUUUGAAGAUAAACUAGACAUCAAUAAGGUGCAAAUCGACAUGAGGGGCGAUGUCAGUUACCAGUCCCUUGCCUUACAAUCUGCGGGGUUGACACCAAGAGAUUUAUCUUCUAUCAUUAGGAAGGCGAAACAGUUCGCAAUCAAAAGGUUAUUCAAAUUGGCGAAGAAUAGUCAUAUUGAGUUGAAGAAAAUCAUCAAAGUUGGCAAUGGUGGACAUGUUGUGUUGAUUCCAGAAGACUUUGAACAGGCAAUUAAUGAAGCAAGGAACCAAUUCAGUGAUUCCAUAGGUGCCCCAAGAAUUCCAAAUGUUAAAUGGGAAGAUAUUGGAGGUUUAGAUUUAGUCAAAGAUGAGAUUUUGGAUACCAUAGAUUUACCUUUGAAACAUCCUGAAUUGUUCAGCAGUGGUUUGAAAAAAAGAAGUGGUAUUUUAUUCUACGGCCCUCCAGGUACAGGUAAAACUUUGCUUGCAAAAGCUAUUGCUACUAACUUUUCGUUGAACUUUUUCAGUGUCAAAGGACCCGAAUUGUUAAAUAUGUACAUUGGUGAGUCCGAAGCAAAUGUUCGCAGAGUAUUCCAAAGAGCACGAGAUGCGAAACCUUGCGUGAUUUUCUUUGAUGAAUUGGAUUCCGUUGCUCCUAAAAGAGGUAAUCAAGGAGAUUCUGGAGGAGUGAUGGAUAGAAUUGUAUCGCAAUUAUUGGCCGAGUUGGAUGGAAUGAGCGGCGGCGAUAGUGGGGAAGGAGUUUUUGUUGUUGGGGCAACCAACAGGCCAGACUUAUUGGAUGAGGCAUUGUUAAGACCGGGCAGAUUUGAUAAAAUGUUGUACUUGGGUAUCUCUGAUACAAAUGAAAAACAAACGAAGAUCUUAGAGGCCCUUAGCAGAAAGUUUCAGCUUAGUGAUGAUGUUGACUUGGCUGAAAUAUCCCAAAGAUGCUCUUUUACAUACACAGGCGCUGAUUUCUAUGCGUUGUGCAGCGACGCGAUGUUGAAUGCCAUGACGAGAACUGCAAACGAAGUUGAUAACAAGAUUCGAUUAUUCAACGAAGCACGGUUGUCCGAAGAAAAGGAGCCUGUCUCAAGCAGAUGGUGGUUUGACAACGUUGCUGGGGCCGAUGAUAUAAAAGUGUUGGUAACAAUGCAAGAUUUUAGCAAAUCACAGAGUGAAAUUGUUCCCUCUGUGAGUGCAGAAGAGCUAGCUCAUUAUUUGAGAGUGAAGGAGAACUUUGAAGGAGGCAAGAGCAAUCCACAGCAGAAUGGAAACAAUGCAGAAUUUGAAAGAUUAGAGUCUCUGAGUCAAAGCUUUGAGGCAAGUCUCUCCAAUGGCCACGGCCAGAAUUUGGAAGCAGGAUUCUCCAAUGGCCACACAACAUAG